UUCCUUCCUUCCUUCCUUCCUCCUCCAUUCUUGUGAGUCUCUCGCUCCUUCGCACAUGUUUCUGUUGUAUGUAGUGUACGGGGCAAAUCCAGAGGUAUGUACACUACAUACCAAGGGAAGGAAGGACUGCGAGCUAGCAGAUACCAUAGUAGUAAUAUUGCCCCUGGACUACUACUGGAUGCAGAUGCGUCAUGGUCUAGGCAUGCGGCAACCGGUUAACGGCCGGGGAAAUGACAAUGGAAUGGCGACACCUUCUGCUUACCUAGGUCUGCCGCCAUUGACUUCCACUUCGAUGUCCACACUCCUCCUCGACUGCACACGGAUAACCACGACGCUGUGGAAAUGGAGUGAACAGGGACCCUGCAUCCUGACUUGCAACCGCGGUCCUUGAGGGGAAUGGAAACCAAUGAUGGAUUCCCGUCCACCAUCGAUGCUUCUCGCGAUCCCGCUGUGCUCUUGGGCCCCACACAUCGCCAGUUCCUCAUGUCCAUCGGAGGAGACUCCUGGGGCCUUCUUCUAAUUAACUUCGGUCUAGCUAUUCGAGGUACUACAGUAGGACUCCCUCUCUCUCUUUCUCUCUCUGUAUGGCGUAAUAUGGCUCGGAAAGGGGCAUCGACUGCCGGCGAGAAAUCAGCCAUGUCAUCCAUGUCACGAUUCGCCCCUCGACCAGAUGCUCACCAUGUUCUUGUGCCAACUGCUGCCAGGGUCUUUCCUCGCAGGGUCUGGACAGACAUCAUGAUAUCUCUCCAGAUACGGAUACAUCCGUCAUCGCAGAAUGUACCCCAUCGUCCGGAUGUUGCAUACCCUUAGUUCCCGGGACCAGUCCUCGGUCGUCACAAAUCCUUCUCGUGCUCCUCCACUCCCCCCAUCUCCUCUACUACUAGUCUCCCCGGCCUACCAGGGUCCUUGCUCAGCUUCAUCUUUCCCAUCACAAUCUACCACACGCCUGCAUACGAGUUCUAGCUCCAUCACGGCUGUUUGAAGGCAUAUUUGAGUCGACUAUACCCUCCUCCUCGUCAGAUGGUCGCGGGUACAUCGUCUCAUGCCUCAUCAUUAUCGGCAUCCUAACAACAUACACUUGCACCCGUUCAGUCUUCAUCCCAAGAGCCUGCAAGUCUUCAUAUCCAUACGUCAAGGCGCAUCAUAGCACGGCCGGGUUGACCAGACGAUCCCAAAAUCAACUUGACAUAACCAUAUAUCCACUUGACCUUGGUCUAGCUUCAUCCGAUAUCACAUAGCUUACGCUAUCCAGCUGGGUUGGGUGAACGUUUCAACAUCCCAUACGCCAAGACAAGACCCCGAUAUCUCUAAGGACCCUAUCCUUACCUGUUGUCCAAUAUGGCACCGUCAAAGGUUGUCAUUUAUGCGAUGCGCAGGGAGCUUCGCUUGUCAGACAACCCUAUAUUCCACCACCUCUCCAACCCAGAGUCGAAACACGGGUUUUCACACCUUCUCCCCGUGUACGUCUUUCCUGCACAACAGAUCGACCUCUCCGGCUUUGUUCCAAAGGGGAGUGAAAACCCCCAUCCUGCCCCCAAAAGCGCCGUUGGAGGGUAUGCAAGAUGUGGACCAUAUCGUGCCAAGUUCCUGGCAGAGUCGGUUUGGGAUCUGAAGACAAGCCUUCAGUCGAUUGGCAGUGACCUCCUCGUCCGUGCCGGACCAUACAAGGAUGUCAUCCAGUCUCUCGUCGAAGGGCUCAAAGCAAAGGAAUGCCAAGUUGGAGCUGUAUGGAUGACAAGCCACGAAGGCUCAGAGGAGAAGAGUGAAGAGAAGACUGUGGCAUCUUUUUGUGCAAAAAGUGGCAUAGAUUUCAAGCUAUGGGAUGACGAGAAAUACCUUAUCCACGAUCGAGAUACAGGUAUCACACAUCUCAACGAUCUCCCCGAUGUCUUCACCACCUACCGAAAACAAAUAGAGCCCUUGCGUGAGAAGGCAAGGAAGACAUUGCCAGUACCUGAAAAGGGGGCCUUGCCUGCAUAUCCCGACAUAGACAUGAUUCCAAGUCAGCAACCACCAUUCAAUAUCCCAGGCACCUGCGAGGAGUUGGUUGACGCCGUCGUCAGGCCGGUGAAGAACUUCCUCAAGGACCUGCCAGACUUUCCGGAGAAGGCAGAAUCAUCCCACCCGUUCAGAGGCGGAGAGACAUCAGCUCAUAAGCGAAUCGACCAUCUCGUCCUGAGCGGGGGCAUGAAAAGCUACAAGGACUCUAGGAACGGCCUCCUUGGACCGGAUUUCAGUACCAAGUUGUCUGCGUACCUCGCACAGGGAUGCGUCACCGCUCGCCAGAUCCACCACGCUUUGGUGGCCUACGAGGACGGAACGGGCACCAAGUACAAAGGGGCUGAUGGUUUUGGUGAAGGUGAUAACCAAGGCACAGAGACCGUCAGAAUGGAACUCUUAUGGCGCGAUUACAUGAGGUUGUGUCACCAAAAGUAUGGUGACAAGCUUUUCCGCGUAGAGGGCUUCAACGGCAAGCACACCGAUUACGAAGGCGAAGAUAAGAAGUACGGGUGGAGAACUGCCAAUACGAGCAUAGCGUUGCCUGGACAGGAACCUACUCCUGAAAAGGUUUCGGAGAUCCUUGCAAGGUUCAACGCCGGAACCACAGGCAUGGGACUUAUCGAUGCGUCGCAACGGGAGCUUAUACACACCGGGUACACAUCCAACCGGACACGGCAAAAUGUUGCUAGCUUCCUCGCCAAGCACUUGGAGAUCGACUGGAGAUAUGGCGCAGAGUGGUAUGAGAUGCUGCUCGUGGAUUACGAUGUGUCCUCCAACUGGGCCAACUGGCAGUAUGUAGCCGGUGUAGGCAAUGACCCUCGCGGUGCGGCUCGGAUUUUCAACCCAGUCAAGCAGGCAUUUGACUACGACAAGGACGGUACCUACGUUCGGACGUGGGUGCCCGAAGUAGCAAAAUUCGAGAACCUUGAGAAUGUUUUCCAGGCUUGGACAGCCUCCAAAGAGGACCUGAAGACGGCAGGCCUGGAGGGAAACAUCAUGGUUACGGAUCCGGUUAAGCCCAUAAAGUUUAACCUUGACCACAAGCCAUCCAAGGUCAAGAAACGUCCCUUCUUCAGAAAAAGAGGUACCAAAACUCGAGAUGCCCAGGGUAGCGCUGAAAGCCCGGGUAGUAGCGAUAGUCAUUCUGGCUCUGGCGGCAGUCCCGACGGUUCCGGCGGCGGCAACAUACCAUCCGAGUCUAAUUGCGCCGCCGCAGGGUCUGGCCAGGCGCAACAGACUCAUCAGGGCAGCGGCAGGUCACAGUCAUCAAGCAACCAUGGUGGGCGCUCGCACUCACACCAGCACAACCAGCAAAACUACCACCACUCCCACCGCGGCAACGAUUAUACCCGGGGAGGUGGCGGUGGUCGCGGAGGUCGUGGAGGUCGUGGCGGCGGAGGCGGCGGAUACUCUGCGUCUCAAGGGUAUUACGGCAUCGGUGGUGGUUACCGUGGCGGCGGACGGGGCAGAGGCGGAGGAGGAGGAUUUCGUGGCCGGUAUGCUCCAACUGGGGGAUUAGGUGGACAUCACCAUUCCGAGCAACAAGUGGCCUCACAGUUCCAGACUGACGCAUAGGAUCCGUCAGCUGCCACUAUGUUUGGUAUGUUGCCGAAUGUGAUGACCACGUACCAUUUGGACGGCUACUAUUCUUAUUUCGCUUCGCCAUUUCCUUACCAGCCUGCGUACGCUAACCAUCAUAUGUAGCUGGGCCAGAUAUCGCGGGUCGGGGUUCCGCGGUGGGUGAGUGGGGAGAGGCCGGAAAGCAAAGAGGAUCGGGUGGAGAAGCAAAAACGGGAAAAGAAAGGGCUCGAAGAGGAAACUGUCAAUGAGAUGAAUUGUAUCGAUGAACGGGCUUUGACGGUUAUAUUUGUGUGUUUAAUUCAUAAGGAGAGUGUGGACAUUCAGCUUUUGAUCGGUGGGUGAAAAAUCCUUCCUUGGGGAUGUCGAAGCGAUGUUUCAGCGACUGAUAGAAAAAUGAUUUAUAUUUGCUUUUGUAUAUGUAAAUCUUUGCUGAUUCUGUUAAAAUUCGGCUGAUCGAUAUGCGAUGUAAGCCCAUAAACGAAGAAACCAAAUAUCACCUGAUUCCAUACAAA